AUGGCCAUUAUCUGCCUCGCUGGGGGCACCGGCUCUCUAGGAAAGACAUUCCUCGAGGCCCUCUCUUCCUCCCCCUCCCAGCGCCGCAUCUACAUCCUAACAAGAAGCACCCCCUCCCAGCCCAACACCACACACCUCACAUACCACCAGACCUCCUACACCUCCCUGCCCACCCUAACCGCCUUCCUGACCACGCACGCCAUCACCACCGUAAUCAGCACCAUCACCAUCGAAUCCCCCCAAACCUCCGCCGCCCAACAGACCCUCAUCCUCGCCGCCUCACAAUCCCCCAGCGUCACACACUUCAUACCCUCCGAGUACAGCUUCCCCGUGUCCCCCGCGCUGCUCUCGCUCGCGCCCAUGUGGCAGCACUGUGCCGACAACGCCGCCGUCCUCGCCGCCACCGGAAGUCUCAGCUACACGCGUGUCCGGACCGGCUGGUUCAUGGAUUACUUCGGCAUGCCGCAUGUGGCCUCGCAUCUGAGCCCCUUUCCGUGGGCGGUGGACGCGCGGCGCAUGGUUGCCGCGGUCCCUGGCACGGGCGGCGAGCGUGUCAGCAUGACCUACACGGCGGACCUGACGAGGUUUGUGGCGUGGUUGGUAGAGCAUCCUGAUACGGAGGAAUGGGCGGGGAAGGAGGUGUUGCUGGUUGGGGAUGAUGUGACAUUCAAUGAGGUCGUGGCUUGGGUGGAGGGGGCGAGGGGUCGGAGCUUUGAAACUGUGGUUUAUGAUGAUGGGGACAGGUUGCGGAAAGGCCAGGUGACGAGGUUUCAAGGCCAGGAGGAGACCACGUAUGGGGAAUGGUUCGCGAUGUUUGGGCUGACGGCUUGUGAGGGCUUGAUGGGGUUGCCGCAGGAAGGUCGGGUGUAG